CCAUUUCCACAUUCACAUUCCAAUAUAUCUAGCUCAUACACAUCCUUAUAAUAUAUUUCUUUCAAGCUUCUUAUUUUUAAAGCAAAAAAUGUCAACAACCAUUGAUGUCCCAGAAUCAAGCAACAUUAACAAGGAAAAAACAAUUCUAGUUGCACCUGCUAGGCCAGGAGGAUGGAAAAAGGGCACAGCCAUAAUGGAUUUCAUUCUAAGGUUAGGUGCCAUAGCAGCGGCUAUUGCCGCUGCCGCCUCGAUGGGAACAAGUGAUCAGACUCUCCCUUUCUUCACUCAGUUCUUUCAAUUUGAAGCUAGCUAUGAUAGCUUUACAACCUUCCAGUUUUUUGUUAUUUCAAUGGCAAUUGCAGCUUCCUACUUAGUUCUAUCCCUACCAUUCUCCAUUGUAGCCAUCAUUCGCCCUCAUGCGCCUGGACCAAGGCUUUUCCUUAUUAUCUUAGACACCGUGUUUCUUACUCUGGCCACUUCAAGUGCUGCUGCAGCUGCUUCCAUAGUUUACUUGGCACAUAAUGGAAAUCAAGACACAAACUGGCUAGCCAUUUGCAACCAAUUUGGAGAUUUUUGUGCACAGACAAGUGGAGCAGUAGUGGCAUCAUUUAUUACUGUGGUUGUUUUAAUCUUGUUGGUUGUGAUGUCUGCUUUGGCUAUUGGGAAGCAUUGAAAAUUAAGAUUGGAUUAUGCUAUAGAAGCCUAAGUUACAUAUUCAAUUGUUGUCAGGUUUUUCAUGAGAUGUCAUGAACUGUGUUAAAUUGAUUUCUUGUAUUGAUUUUGGGAAAUUGUUGUUAUGGAA